AUGAACAGACUAGCAGCACCAAGCCGGUUGGCGAGACACUCAGUCCGCAACGCCCUCCAGAGUGCAGCUGCAAGCCGAGGGAAGACAACUGUCCCGUUCAGACUGCCAGCUGCGCGAAAUGAGCCAAAUCCCGAGUACAGAAGAGGCUCACCUGAGCGUAAGCAGCUCGAGGAGACGCUGGCAAAGCUCAAGUCUCAAAUCCCGCUGAAAAGCGAAAUCUUCAUCAAUGGCAAGGUCCAGGCAGAGUCUGCAUCAGAAGAUCAGCCCCUCCCUAGCGAGCAUGCCACCACAUUCACCAACUUCCCCUUGGCGACCAAGGGGCAGGUCUCCAACGCUAUUGAGUCAGCGUUGAAGGCCAAGAAGUCGUGGGAGCAGACGCCCUUCGUCGAUCGUGCCGCCAUCUUUCUGAAAGCCGCCGAGCUCGUUUCCAAAAAGUACCGGUAUGAGCUCAUCGCGGCGACUAUGCUCGGCCAGGGCAAGAACAUCUGGCAGGGUGAGGUCGACGCCGCUGCUGAGCUGGCUGACUUCUUUCGGCUCAACUGUAACUAUGCUGCUGAGCUGCUCGAGAGGCAGCAUGACCGUGGGAGCGACGGCAUGUGGACCCGGUUAGAUUACCGGCCACUUGAGGGGUUCGUCUAUGCCAUCUCGCCCUUCAACUUCACGGCCAUCGGUGGCAACCUGAUUUCUGGGCCUGCGUUGAUGGGCAAUGUUGUGCUCUGGAAGCCUUCAGCGUCCAAUAUUUACGCCAGCACAAUUGUCUAUAAGAUCCUCUUGGAGGCCGGUCUGCCUCCAGAUGUGAUCCAAUUUGUCCCCGGCGAUGCUGAGGAAAUCACAUCGACUGUUCUAUCUCAUCGGGAGUUUGCUGGGUUGAACUUCGUCGGCUCCUCUGACGUCUUCCGUUCCAUUUACGCCAAGAUCGGCGAGGGCAUUGGCAAGAGGCAGUAUCGGGACUUCCCCCGGGUUGUCGGUGAGACCAGCGGCAAAAACUUUACUCUCAUCCACCCCUCAGCCGACAUCACCAGCGCCGUCAACCACACAAUCCGUGGUUCCUUUGAAUACCAGGGCCAGAAGUGCUCAGCAACCUCUCGUCUCUAUCUUCCUGAGUCAAGAUCCAAAGAGUUCCUCAGUGGUCUCCAGUCCAAGAUCGCCGAGAUUACUAUCGGCAGCCCAGACAAGGACCUAUCAGCCUUCAUGGGCCCUGUCAUUCAUCGUCGGUCGUUCGAUAAGAUCAAGUCCAUCAUCGACGCCAGCAACAAGGACCCUUCACUCAAGCUCCUGGCCGGUGGCAAGUAUGAUGACUCGGUGGGCUACUACGUCGAGCCCACCGUCUACCUCGCAGACUCGCCAACACAUCGGCUGUUUGACGAGGAGAUUUUUGGCCCUGUGCUGGCCAUCCACACCUACCCAGACAACCAGUGGAGCUCCGUCCUGGAGCAAGUCGACAAGAGUGGCGGUGGCUUUGCUCUGACUGGUGCCGUGUUUGCCAAUGACCGUGCCGCCCUGAGAGAGGCGGAGGAUACCCUGCGGUACUCGGCCGGUAACCUGUAUCUCAACUGCAAGACCACUGCAGCUCUCAUCGGCCAGCAGUCUUUCGGUGGCAGCAGGGCAAGUGGGACCAACGACAAGGCAGGCAGCUCAAAUGUGUUGUUGCGUUUCACCAGCCCCCGUCUGAUCAAGGAGGAGUUCUUUGGGCAGACAGGUUUCAAGUACCCCAGCAACGAGUAG